AUGGCAACAGAAUGUUUGUAUAUGUUAAAUCUUAUACGUAAUUUACAAGAACCCAUCCCUCAAUAUGUAUUAGGAUGCAUACCUGCAAUAGCAACAAUAGGUGUAGCGCCUUGGGAUGAUUUCAUGGACAAGACAAUAUGGUUAAUAAGAUGUCUUGGUUGUCCAUUUACGGGAUUAUUUUACACCUGCUGCGUAAAGAGCGACGUGACAUCAUUGUGCGCAUAUUGGCUUCCUUCAAAAUGCUUUAUUAGUAUUGACAACCACACAAAAAUCGUAUGCAGACCUUUCGGAGUACACGCCAAAUUCAUUGAACACAAGAAAAUAAUGAAAAAAUGUGUCGCUAAGGCAUCAGUAUUGGAAAGAUUGUCGUCGUUGGUGUCAUUAUACUAUAUAAUGAUUGGUAUAGUUUCGGGAAUAUACAGGGUGGCAGGACCGACUAUCUGUGAUGAGGAUUGGCCAAGUAUACCUUUAGCAUUAUCUUGGACAAUACCGGCAAUCUAUAGAAGAACAAUUCGAAAUAAUCUAGUAGCUUUUGAUCCUGAAAAAAAAUUAAGAAAUAAAUUGAUAACUAUCAUUAAAGUUAAUGAUGACAAUGUUAUGUCAUUUCUGGCAACGUACAUUUCGGAAUUUUACGAAAGUAGGGACCAUAUGAGACAAAAGCGUCGAGAAAAUUGUUCAUUUUUAGACAUUGACUGGAGGAGUGCUAUUCAAAGGACAAAAUACUCAUCAGUACGAAGAUUUCUGGUAGAGGAAGCUUGUUUAAAUGUUUUAAACUCGUUGAAGGAUAUUUAUAUAAGUCGAAGCAGGCAACAUUACUUUUGA